AUGAGGUGCCGAAGGCCUGGGGCCGAGGUGGUGGCGUGGGGUGGGGUGGGGGUCACGGUCGGGCACGGCCAUGUGAUCUUUGAGGAUGUGGCUGUGUCCUUCUCCCAGGAGGAGUGGGGUCUCCUUAACGAUGCUCAGAGACUCCUGUACUGUGACGUGAUGCUGGAGAACCUGUCACUUAUAGCCUCCCUGGGGUGUUGCUGUGCAGUAGGUACUGAGGAGGCUGCUUCUGAACAGUGUGUUUCUGUAGAACUAGUGACACAAGACAGGAAUCCAAAUCCAGACCCAUCUAUCCUGAAGACUCUUACUUUGGAUAUGGGUGCCCUGGUAGAGAAAGUUGUUUUGUACCUGGCUGAGCACCAAGGAGUGCAUCCCGGGCUGAAACCAUCCUCUUCUGGGGCUUGUGGGAAAAUGUUCACUUCUCACCUACAACAGCACCAGAAGCAGCCCAGUGGAGAGAAACACCUCAGAAGCGAGGAGAAUGGGGACUUGCUUUUGACGAGCUGCAAAGUCUUUUUACCCGACAAUAUGUUCACAUGCAGAGAGGUUGAGAAGGCUUUCCUAGGCAGCUUGGGCUUUCCCCAGCAGCAGCCCUCCCACGAUGGAGAGCACCCAGGUAGAAGCAGGCAGAGCAGGGAGGUCUCUCACCCUGGGCAAGGGCAUUACGAGUGCAGCGAAUGUGGCAAAGCCUUCAGUAAGAAGUAUAAAUUCACGGAGCACCUGAGAGUUCACACUGGUGAAAAACCUUAUGAGUGCAGUGACUGCGGGAAGUUCUUUAGACUCACCUCCAGUCUUACUCACCAUAGGAAGGUUCACACAGGAAAAAGGCUUUAUGAGUGUUGUAAUUGUGGGAAAGUGUUUGCCCACAAAUAUAAACUUGUUGAGCACCAGAGAAUCCACACUGGAGAAAGACCCUAUGAGUGUAAUCAAUGUGGGAAAGCUUUCCUUCAAAAGGAUACACUUGUUCGGCACCAAAAAGUCCAUACUGGAGAAAAUCCUCAAAGGCCUUAUGAGUGCAGUGAAUGUGGGAAAGCUUUCAAGGUCAAAAUUAAACUUGUUGAGCACCAGAGAAUCCACACUGGAGAAAGACCCUAUGAGUGUAAUCAAUGUGGGAAAGCCUUCAAGCUCAAAUAUACACUUGUUCGGCACCAAACUGUCCACACUGGAGAAAAGCCUUUUAAUUGCAAUGAAUGUGGCAAGCCUUUCAGUUACAAAACAAGUCUUCUUGAGCACCAGAGAAUCCACACUGGAGAAAGGCCUCAUACGUGCAGUAAAUGUGGGGAAGCCUUUGUCUACAGAAGAAGUCUUGUUGUCCACCAGAGAAUCCACACUGGAGAAAGGCCUUAUAUGUGCAGUGAAUGUGGAGAAGCCUUUGUCUACAGAAGAAGUCUUAUUGCCCACCAGGGAAUUCAUACUAGAGGAAAACCUUGA